AUGAAGUGGCUUCUUUUAUUGUGUCUUGUGCAAUUUAUACUUGCCGAAGACUCCGUCAAAGAGAUCAAUGCCAAAUGCAGAGGGUUGCUAAGCUGCUCGAUAAAGAAAAAUUGUGUCCAAAUGAAUUAUCUGAUCAAACAAUUUGAUCAGAGAGAAGUGAACGCCGAGAUGUACGAUGCGUUGGACAAAGUAGGCCUCUUCGCAGCUUCGACUUAUUAGUUUGUGGUGGCUGAUAAGUAUUAAAACCACUUUUUUAGGCGAUAGAUUACGGCUGUAUAUUCACAUCCGGCUGUCUGGAAGAGUGCAAUCGCUGUCCCCUUUGCCAGAAUUCCAAACAGCAACUUGUUGACGUCCUCAGCGGGUCGAGGAGGGAAGAAGGAGGUUUGUUCCUACUCUCUUAUUCUCGUUACGACUUAACCAAUAAAACAAUACUCGACCCUCGUUUCUAGGAGAAUGUUCCACCUUGGUCAAUUGCGCCUCCGAUUGUGUGGCGGACUCAGGCACUGACAUCAGCAAGAUCAAUUAUUGUCUGAAAAAGAAGUGCGCCUUCCAUUGUUUCGAUGGGAGUUGCCAGAAAUGCUCGGCGUUUGUCACAAGAAUAUUCAAUCAAGUCUGCGUUUCUGGAGAGUUGAGGUCCAAAGUCAAAGAAUUUGAGGUAAGGUCAGCAGAUGAUGAUAGGGAUGUUGAUAUCGGUUGCGAGGCUUUGUUUUGGUGGGGCUCGGCACAAUUUAGCACAACUUUAGACCUUCAUAAUCGCAAAACUCUUUCCAGGGGCACUGUUACGAGAUGUUCCGUGAGAUUGUCUACCAAAAAUUCACCAAAGAAUUCGAAGAAGCCGGCCUCGAACCCUCGAUAGGAAACCGUGGAAAUCAAACCCGUGAGAAUUAG